AUGAGCAACGAGCCCUCGUACCAAGCCAAUUUGAAGCAAGCCCUGCUGGCAGGUGCUAUGGCUGGAACCGCUGUCGAUACCGCCCUCUUCCCAUUAGACACGAUCAAGACACGUCUUCAAUCGCAGGCAGGCUUUAUUGCGUCUGGAGGUUUUCGUGGUGUCUACUCUGGUCUUCUUACAGCCGUGAUCGGUAGUGCUCCUAAUGCUUCACUCUUUUUCGUCUCAUAUGAAGCAACCAAGCGAUUACUCGGUGCAAGUGUGGACCCGAAACAUUCUCAUUUUGUGCAUAUGGCAGCUGCAUCUUUUGGUGAAAUUAUUGCAUGCACGGUCCGUGUCCCUACCGAAGUCAUCAAACAACGUAUGCAAACCAAACAAUUCACAGCAACAUCCGAUGCCGUUAAGCACGUGAUCAGGACCGAAGGUAUCCUUGGCUUUUAUCGUGGCUUCUUAUCGACCGUUGCACGCGAGAUUCCUUUUACUUGCAUCCAAUUCCCACUCUACGAAUACUUUAAACGCCAAUACGCCAUACACAAAAAUCGACGGAUAGAACCUUAUGAAGCGGCAUUAUGGGGCUCCUUGGCGGGUGGUGUCGCUGCUGCUAUCACUACACCUCUCGAUGUAUGCAAAACAAGAAUCAUGUUAUUGCAAAAGAAACAUUUGGCACCCGAAAACAUUGGCAUCGUUUCAACAUUCAAGCGUAUCGUAGCAGAGGAAGGUCCUCGAGUAUUGUUGGCAGGCAUUGGACCUCGUGUGAUGUGGAUUUCAAUUGGUGGCAGUAUCUUUUUGGGUGUGUACGAGAAGGCUGUCAAGACGCUUGUUCAAUUGCGCAUGUUAGAAGAUCGGCGAUAG